CUUGCUUGCUUGCUUGCUUGUUGGCUUUUCUUCAUAUUUCAUCUUGCCUUUUCAUCAGGUAAAGGUACCGACCGAUUGAUGUACAUCGUCGAUCAAUACCUUGAAACCGAUUGCAUGAUCAGAACGGAUGUAUAGCUCAAAAGAAGUCAUUCUAGAUCAAAGUCGUACAAAUUCGGUCGAGGAAUGAACAACAUCAAACAAACACAGCCAAAUACAGUGAAACAUCAAAUCAACCUUUUCUUCUGGCUAAAGUAACACAAAUUUCAUUUCACGAACUCCCUUUCAACGAUCAUUACGAAUCCUCUUACGAAUCAAUCACGCAAUCAAAAGUAACGCUCAUUUAUACCACGAUCAUGGCCACCGCUACAUUCUCUCACGCCUCACAAUACCAUUCAGUCAAUCAAGAUUCGAUGUCAAACGAAUUCGGAGGAAUAACAAAUGGAUCACAUCCGACCAAUUGGGAUGAAGAAGUUGUACCUGCACUCAAAAAACGAUUAGAGGCAGAUCGGGUGGACUUAGAUCGAAGGAUAAGCGCAACAGAUUUCAAUUAUGCACGUUUACAAUCUACCAAACCUCGACCUAUACCCAGAAAAAAUGCAAAUGAUGAAAUUUUACAAGAUGGCUUAGGAGAUGAUGAACUCAUUCCAUCUGAAUGGGCUACAGGAUCCAAAGCUCGCUUUCUUACAGCAAAUCGGGAUAACAGUAAUGCUUAUACGAUCUCACGAUCUGCAAGUGAUUUAUACUCAUUCGAUCGAUCACAUCAAGACUAUCACGAUAAUCAUGAUUCAUACGCUGUUGCAGGAGAUACACUCUCGCCCGAUUCACCUCCUUUGCAGGAUGGAAUGAAUUCUGGCACAGAUAUGGUUGCCCAUGCUCGUGAAAGAGCUCGAAAGCUAGCACGCGAAAGAUCAAGAGGAGGAACAGAAAUGGAAGCAACGAAUAGCCUGCAGAGUGACGAAAAUCGAAUGCGAACCAAAUCAUCGCCUGGAUUGGGAGACAGGUACAAUCAAGAACCAGGUGAAUCGAGAUAUGCAAACACUACCAAAGCGCCGAUCAGCAGAAGUCAUUCACCGAGCGAUGGAAGACGUACGCCCAGUAGCAAGAUUCCACUACCUGUCUCUGGAAGUAUGAGUAGGGUAGCCAAUAGUCCACGUAGUGUUCGUGGAAAGCAGGGUACGAUGGGAGAAGGAGAAUUCGGGUAUAUGGAUCAAGGAGUAGCAUAUAAUGAAUCACCUCGACCGGAUGAUGAACAGCAGAAGCAACCUUUGGGAGAUAUCAGUAAUCAUUCUGGUCAGACUACACCAGCAAAGAAGAAGCAAAAAGCGAAUACAGUCACACGAAGGGCUACAAGCAGCGGGGGCGGUAAAAGAAUACAAAACAGUCCACCAACGCAAGAUGUUUUGGAUGAAUUUGGACCGUUGGGAGGCACACCACGUAGAACGAUGGAUACUUCUACGGGCGAAUUUGGAGACAUUUCAAGAGCGUCUUCCAAUCCAUGGGAUGAAGAACUUUUGCCUACUGUGAAACGGAGACUGGCACAAGAAGCUAUGAUGAACGAUCCCAGGUUAAGUCAAGUGGACGGAUUGGUGGACGCUUGGGAUAGGAAUGGUGUUCCGAUCAGUACGAGAGCGGUUAGUGGUUCGUCUUCUCGAAUGAAUGGCAUGAGACAGGCAGCAGAGGAGCAGCAGGGUCUAGGUGGUGCAAACGGUACUCAGAGUGAUGGGUACAAUGAAGAUGUUGACGAGCGAAAGAGAAAGGACUUACUCACACCGGAGCACAGUCCAAAGAACCAUUCACAGGAGCAAAGAAUGAAACGCUUGACAGAUCAACUAGAUUUAGGCUUUCAGCCCGGUAAUGAGAAAGACGAGAUUGAAAUGGCACAAGUUCAUCCGGGUAAAAGAGAAAAGACAAGGAUGGACCAGCAAAAGAAAAAGAGUAAACAUUUUGCUCAUGAUCCAUCGAUGCCUACGCUUACUCAAUCUCAACAACUCUCACAAACGAAAGGGAAAGCCGAUAAUCAAAAGAAUACCAAUCAUUCCGCCGCCGCCGUCGCCAAGAAGGAAGAGGAAGGGGCAGGUUGCUGUCAAUGUUCGAUCAUGUAGAUUAUACAGUAAUUAUCUAUUUAGCGUUUUGAGAU